AUGCUCCACGCAAUGGGCUGCAUCGAAGACAAGAUGCCGAUGCCGUGCAACGCGCCGGCUUUAGACAUCAUCGUCGCUUCAAUCCACAUCCGCGCAAUGUCGUUGAACUCCCGUCGCAAGGGCGCUGCGGCGUACAGACCCAUCGUGCCGUCGCCACUGAACCCCAGAAGUCAGGAGGGAGCAGCGCAGGCGCUGCGAACACGGAGAGUCACCAGGGCGCUGAGGAGGAACGUGGGUAUGAGCCCGGCCCAGAGGCUGCUGCGGUACAAGGCGGCCGAGGCCUGGAGAUCAGAAGCAACGCGGCGCGAAUUGGCCAAGUGGGAGAAGAGGGCCGCCGAGGCGACGGCGCGGCAACAGAUAAAGUCUGCCUCGCUGAGGCCGGAGUGGAAGACGAGGCGGAAGAUACACUGUGAGCCCGAGAAUAGAAACGACGACGACAAAGAGAAUCGCGGCGAGGACGGGAGUGAGAACGCGGAAGGAGAGGGGUUUGAUGGGCGACAGCAGUACCUGUUCCAGAUGCCGGAUUUGGGCUUCUUCACGCCGCGGCGGGUGGUACUGGCCGUGGGCAGGCUGCGCAUGCUGCCGUCGCUGCGGAUGCACAACUUUGUACGGUACGGUGACACGGCCAAGACGUGA